AAUAUAGCAUAAACAAACGUUUCGCACACCGCAAUGUAAUGACACACGUGGAAGAUGGUCAACAUCAUCAACCCCGUCAUGAUGCUCCUAAUGUUAUUCUAUUUGACAACUGUAGAAACCUCCGAUAAUUUUUUCAGCUUUAGUGUAAAGCAAGGAGAGAAAAUAGUUCCAUUAAGUCACUAUGCAGGAAAGGUGGUGCUAGUGGUGAAUGUGGCAUCUGAGUGUGGCUACACUGAUGGUCACUACAAAGCCCUAGUCAGACUCCAGGACAAGCUGGGAUCCACCGAAAAAUUUACCGUGCUAGCCUUCCCUUGUAAUCAGUUUGGUAACCAAGAACCAGGGAGUUACAAUGAGAUUUUAUCAUUUGCAAAGAAAAACUACAACGUCAAUUUUCCCAUAUUUUCGAAAGUAGAUGUAGUGGGAGAUAAUGCACCAGAUGUGUGGUCAUAUUUAACAGAGAAUACCAAACAGCCAACAUGGAAUUUCUGGAAGUAUUUGGUGGAUGAGAAUGGACAUGUUGUGGAGGCGUGGGGCCCUUGGAUAUCUGUGGAGGAUAUCACUCAGGAUAUCAUAGAUGUCAUGGAGGGAAACUACUCUAUUAAAUCGAGGAAGAGGGGAGAGCUAUAAACGCUAGGUUUAGUCAACAUAAAAUGAUAAAAAAAUUUUGUUUAUUGAAUUAAUUAUUCACUAAUUCAUUUGAAUUUUCCAUUAUUUAUAUCUAUAAGUUCCCCUCCCCCAAUUUUUUUGAUAAUGCUUUUAUCAUAUAUAUUUACAAAACUUUGUAUGGUUGAUACACGUGUAGGUGUGAAAAACAGUGGUUUAAUUUGAAAAGGGUGAUAACCUCUACAUGAUAUACAUAUGAAAUGUUGUAUGAAUAUCUUUAACGAUGAUUUUAUUUGAAAAGGAUGAUAAUCCCUAUUAUGGCUAUACAUGAAGAAACGUUGUAUGAAUAUCUCUAAAGCAAUUUUUGUCCAAUUUCUCACAUUCUGUGGUACUAUAGACUGCACUCUUUAUCAUUCUAUAAGCUUUAUAUAAAGAUAUGAGAAAGUAUUCAAAUUUUAAAGCAAAAGUAAAUGGAAUUUUUCUUUACCUAACAAAAGUUUACAGCAUAUGAAAAAUCAUUUUUUUUAAAUUUAAAGUAGCCCCAGUAUCACACUACGUCAUAAUAUGGAUUUUACAAUCUUGGUUCUAAUUUUACAUAGUGAUUUAGAUACCCGGUAUUGAUUUUGCUAUGCAUCGCUGUUGUAAACAAUGACAAUAAUUAGCUAUUAGAAUGGUAAUGUAUGUAUUGUAUGAGAGAUAGAAAUGAAAUGUUGAGAAACUCGAUUUUGUAAGGGUAAAAUGAAAAACGAAAUUUUCAAUUAACCAUGAUCACAGGUAUGCUUUUAUUCUUUGUUUUGAUGGGUCCCCCCGCCCCGAAUUUUUCUCUUUUUU